AUGCGUUUUAGUGCUGCUGUCGCCAUCGCAGCAUGUCUCGCGCCGGCUGCGGCCAUCUUCGAGGACGAUGCCUUCCACAUUGAUUUCCACUAUGCCCUGCUAGGCCUUCCUGCCCCAGAGGCCACCUUCUUCCAGAAGCCCUAUGCGGGCUCCAAGGCAUCGCUCCUGUACUCGAUAUCCCAGAACCAGACCAUCGGCGCCAUCAACCCCAAGGAUGGCGCCCUCGUCUGGCGGCAGCACCUGGCCUCGCAGCCCGGCCACCGCGGACAUUUGCGUUCAGGCAACGAGCAGGACACGGUAAUCAGCGCCGUCGGAGACCGCGUCACGUCCUGGAGCGCUUCCGACGGCCGUCUCGUGUGGGACACCAGCCUCGGCGGGGCUGCAGUCGAGGAUCUGGAGAUACUAGAGCAGGAAGAUGGCAUGACCAUAAGCGCGGCCAAAGACGCCAUUGUCCUUGCUACCGAUGGCAGCAACAGUGUCAAGAGGCUUGACGGCAAGACCGGGCGCGUCAAGUGGACAUACGAGGACACGAGCGGAGACACGCCUUUCCAGGUCUCGACCUCGCCGACAACCAUCUACUACAUCGCCCUCCACACGCCCAUGCUCGGAGGCUCCAAGCUCCGAGUCACGUCUCUCAAUCCCAUCACAGGAAAGAAGCUCGACCAGUACACCCUCAACUCGGACACUGAGAUCUCCUCGCGCGACCGUAUCCUCUUCGCCGGAGCCAACACGGCUGCCCCACUAUUGGCUUGGACCGACAAGGCGAACAAGGUGCUGAAAGUCAACAUAAUCGGAACCAAGGCUGUGUCGACCUUCAACACGCCAGGGGACGAAGUCAUCGAGAACAUCCUUCUCCAUGCUCCCAACCACAUCAAUUCGCUCGCCCACUUCCUCGUCGAGUACCAGACUGCCAUCGGCCAUUCUGCUGAAGUUUACCACGUCGACCUCAACAAGCAAACCGUCUCAAAAGCCUACAGCCUCCCAGAGCUGAGGACCAAGGGAACCUUUACUACAAGCACAUCCGAUGCGAACGUUUACUUCACGAGGGUAACCGAAGAUGAAGUGACCGUAUUCUCUUCAGUCUCGCACGGUGUCUUGGGUCGCUGGACUGUCAAAGGCUCUCCGGCACUUGCGGGCGCCUUCCCUGUGCAUGGCCAAUCUGAAGUUGUUGUGAAGUCAGGAGCCGCUAGCGCUGUGCGAUCGGCCGUCCUGUACUCCAACGGACAGUGGGCACUCCUGCGAAACGAUGAAGUGGCUUGGACCCGGCCCGAAUUCUUGUCUGGCGCAGUCUCCGCAGUCUGGGCCGGUUUGCCCGAACAGGAGGCCCUGGCACAAGCACUUGCCGACGAAAGCCAUCGCAACCCUGUCUCCGCUUACAUCCACCGUGUGCAGAGGCACCUCCAGGAUCUGCAAUACUUCCCGGCGUGGGCACAGAGCAUUCCCCAGCGCCUCUUGAGUAGUGUGCUCGGCAAGACAAAGGAAACAACAGUCGACGAUAUCCAACAAGACACUUUUGGUUUCCACAAGCUUGUUGUCGUCGCCACUAAAGCGGGUCGCCUUGCUGCCCUCGAUGUUGGUUCACGAGGCAAAGUUAUGUGGAACGUGGACCUUGGCCAGUUCGCGCCCGGCACGAGCUUCCAACACCCGACUCUCAAGGCGCACAGCGGCUAUGUUGAAGUAAAAGACGCCAGCUUCCAGGGAUCCAUGUUCAUCAAUUCGACAACUGGUGGCCUCAUCACUUCCGACAAAAUCAAGCUGGAGCCUUCGCUAGUUGCUGAGGGGCAAAGCCUUAUUUCAUUCACCUUGGUUGACGGCACUCUGAAAGGAUAUCUGGAAAGCCAGCCUGGUUCCGAACCAGUGUGGAGCUUUACGCCACCUGUCGAGGAGAAGAUUGCCAGCUAUGUCGCUCGCCCGAUCAAGGACCCUGUUGCCUCUAUCGGCAAAGUACUAGGCGACAGGAGGGUGCUGUACAAGUAUCUGAACCCCAACCUCGUCCUAGUUACAACAGUGGUGGAAUCAGCGCGAUCCGCGUCCGUCUAUCUACUUGAUUCUGCAUCUGGACAAGUACUACAUACUAUGUCACACAACGAUGUCGAUACCACACGACCCAUUCCAGCCACUAUCUCAGAGAACUGGUUCGCGUAUGCGCUAACUAUCGAUGCUGCAUCUGGCGCUUCUUCCCGCGGCUACCAGCUUGUCGUCUCUGACCUUUACGAAUCCCCCCUUCCAGACGACAGGGGUCCAUUGGGCGAUUCGUCGAACUCUUCUACCGUGAAACCUUCGGGUUCGCACGGUGACGCUGCGAAACCUUACGUACUGUCGCAGAGUUAUCAGGUACCAGCAGAGAUUACACACAUGAGUGUCACACAGACCAGACAGGGCAUCACCAGUCGUGAGCUCCUCGUCACUUUACCCGCACUCAACGCUAUAGUUGGCAUUCCACGCAUGGUGAUUGAUCCUCGCCGACCCGUCGGUCGUGAGCCUACUGCGCAGGAAGCGUCUGAAGGUCUGGUCAAGUACACACCCCUCAUCAACUUCGACCCGAAGUGGCACCUUACCCACAAGUACGAAGUCUUAGGUAUCGAAGAUAUUAUCACGAGUGAGAGCGGAAUCGAGAGUACUUGCCUGGUCUUUGCCUAUGGCUUGGAUAUAUUCGGAACACGGGUCGCACCCAGUUUCUCGUUCGAUAUCCUAGGCAAGGGUUUCAAUAAGAUUUCUAUGCUUUUGACCGUUGUUGGACUGUUUGUCGGAGUCUUGUUCGUUGCGCCUUUGGUCAAGCGAAAGCAGAUCAACACCAUGUGGACAACACUAUGA